CUUCUUCUAUAAUCAACAGCUAUCAGUCCACAAGCAGUCCUCAAUAGAACCCCCCGAUUCGGAGCCUAUCACGUGAUUUCACCCCCCUUAAAUCGGAUGACUAAGGGUGAGGGACCCCUCGGUCCAAAGGGUCUGCGCCAGGCGUUUGAUGGGCUGCCCAGCAUUGACAACAACGGGCCAGGGAAACCCAGCGCAGAGCACAGCGAGGACAUGGAGCUAACAGUAGAGAAUAUCACCUAUGUGCACCCAGGAACUACAGAUGCACUUUCUUCAGAGCAUCGGGAAUACCUGAUGCAGCGCCACGGCACCCUGGGGCUUGAUCCGAUUCUACGAAUGGGAGAUGCAGACCCCUAUAACUGGACCUCGUCGAAUAAAGUUAUCAAUCUCAUUCUCGUUGCGUUCCACGCUUCCAUGUCGACAUUCACUGCGGCCUCCAUCAUUCCUGCCUAUCAAGUCAUGGCAGAGUAUUUGGGCAGACCGCUCCAGGAUAUUACGUACCUCACGUCUCUCCAGAUCGCCAUUCUGGGGGUAGCACCGCUCAUCUGGAAGCCGAUAUCCCAUCGUUAUGGACGGCGCCCCAUCUUCCUGCUCUCUCUCAUCUGCAGCUUGUUGGGGCAAUAUCGGCUAUGUGAAUACCACAAGCUGAUAACUACAGCUAUAUCCCUUUCUAUAGACUGACACGUGCAUCUUGUAAUGGUGGGUGCACCAGAUGUGAGAAUCUAGCCACCCAAGGAAGGGAUGAUUUUAACUAAGACAACACACUGUCUUAGGAAACAGAGCCAAAGGGUCGUA